CGACACCAAGUGUGGCUGGCAAGCUGUAAAGCCACACGUUUUCCCCCCUCCCUCCAAGUCCAUUUUAAUGCUGUUGGGACGCUCGCUUUUCGCCUAUCUGACAGCAUAAAAUGUCUUCACUGCUCAAGGUGGACAAUGAAAUUAAAACCAAGGUUGAUGCAUUUAGAGAACGUAUCACUGCAGAAGCCGAGGACUUAGUUGCAAAUUUUUUCCCAAAGAAGUUACUGGAACUCGAUCACUUCCUUAAGGUCAGUGUCCCUUGGAUGCUUUUAAAGUUUAUUUCAGGGACCCUUGAGCAUUUGUUGCCUUGCGCGCAGGAGCCAAUCAUCAACAUCGUCGAACUGAAGGAGAUCCACUCGGACAUCAACCUGACGGUGCCCGACCCCAUCCUACUCUCCAACCUUCACGAUGGACUUGAUUCGCAAAACGCCAAAAAGAGAAAGCUGGAGGACGGAGACGUAGAGGACAAGGUGACCGGCACCAAGGUCUUCGUCAUGCCUGGCGGGAUGAUGAAGAGUAACGGCAACCUGGUGGAUCUUAUCGAAAAGGUCAAACCGGAGAUCCGAACGCUCAUCGAGAAAUGCAACACGGUCAAAAUGUGGGUGCAGCUGCUGAUUCCAAGGAUAGAGGACGGCAACAAUUUUGGGGUGUCCAUCCAGGAGGAGACGGUGGCCGAGCUGAGGACGGUGGAAGGCGAGGCGGCCUCUUACCUCGACCAGAUAUCCCGAUAUUACAUCACCCGAGCAAAGCUGGUUUCGAAAAUAGCUAAAUAUCCACACGUGGAGGACUAUCGGCGCACGGUAACGGAGAUCGACGAGAAGGAAUACAUCAGUCUGAAGAUCAUCGUGUCAGAGCUUCGAAAUCAAUACGUGGCGUUACACGACAUGAUUCUGAAGAACAUCGAGAAGAUCAAACGGCCCCGGAGCAGUAACGCCGAAGCCUUGUACUGAGCGCCGCCAAACUCCACGCCCGCCCGCACGUUCCGUCAUUUCAGUACAAUCAAGCAAACCCCGUAUGUAACAAAGAUGGACACCACACUUUUUUUUUUUUUUUUUAAAUCGCAAGAGACUUUUUUCUUUUUCCUCCAGUUUUAAUGACCUCAAAUGGUCGGGAAGUCGCAUAAGCAAGAGUGUACUUUUUAAUUUGAAAACGUCGGAGUGGCUUUUGUUCUUAGUCUGAGCAAUGGUUGGCAAGGAAUAUUAUGUCGUACGGUCAGCUUCUAGGUCCACAAAAAAAAAAAUCACCUGAUUAAAAUACUGAUUCUACUGAAUAAACUUUUUUUUUU